CGGUCCCUGGGUAGAACGGACUGACAGUUCCGGCUUCCUCCCCCAUCGGAGGGGGCUGCCCGGCGCUCGCCCCGGAAGUUCCCCUCGUUUCCGGCGUGUGGCCGCGGCAGAGGGGCUUUACCGCCCCGGAAGUUGCCGGCCCCCCCAGCUGCUCUGCUAAGAUGGCGCCUCUGGACCUGGAUAAGUACGUUGAGAUUGCGCGGCUCUGCAAGUACCUGCCUGAGAACGACCUCAAGCGCUUAUGUGAUUAUGUGUGUGAUCUACUGCUGGAAGAGUCAAAUGUGCAGCCAGUAUCUACACCAGUUACAGUUUGUGGCGAUAUACAUGGACAGUUUUAUGACUUAUGUGAACUGUUCAGAACUGGAGGUCAGGUUCCUGACACAAACUACAUAUUUAUGGGUGACUUUGUAGACAGAGGUUACUAUAGUCUUGAGACUUUCACCUACCUUCUUGCACUAAAAGCUAAAUGGCCUGAUCGUAUCACACUCUUGCGAGGGAAUCAUGAGAGCAGGCAGAUAACACAAGUAUAUGGAUUUUAUGAUGAGUGCCAAACCAAAUACGGAAAUGCAAAUGCCUGGAGAUACUGUACCAAAGUCUUCGAUAUGCUCACAGUAGCAGCUUUAAUAGAUGAGCAGAUUCUCUGUGUACAUGGUGGCCUAUCUCCUGACAUCAAGACACUGGAUCAAAUUCGAACCAUUGAACGCAAUCAAGAAAUUCCUCACAAAGGAGCAUUUUGUGACCUUGUCUGGUCUGAUCCAGAGGAUGUUGAUACCUGGGCAAUUAGUCCCCGAGGAGCAGGCUGGCUGUUUGGUGCAAAGGUCACAAAUGAGUUUGUUCAUAUCAACAACUUAAAACUCAUCUGCAGAGCACAUCAGCUAGUGCAUGAAGGCUAUAAAUUCAUGUUUGAUGAGAAGUUGGUAACAGUAUGGUCUGCUCCAAAUUACUGUUACCGUUGUGGAAAUAUUGCAUCAAUCAUGGUCUUUAAAGAUGUAAAUACAAGAGAACCAAAGUUAUUUCGUGCAGUUCCAGACUCAGAACGUGUAAUUCCUCCUAGAACAACUACACCGUAUUUCCUUUGAGAUCUUUUCCCAUCCUGCUGUUUCCCCAUUUCCUUGUACCAUCCCUCUAUACUUUUUAUUGAGCACUUUGCUGCUGAAAUGCUGCCUCUUGCCUUUUUUUAUUUUUAAAUUAUCUAAAUGUAUUAUGGUGUCUGUAGCAGUGUCUCAAUUUCCUCCCUCCCUCCCCCCCCCACAUGCCCUCCCUCAUUUGAGAAUGCUUGUGAAAUGUCUGACAUUUAUUUAUCCUGCUGCAUGUAGUUCUUGCAUAUGUCUGUUUUUAGGUUAAACAUUUUCCCUUUACAAAAAAAAUCAUAAUACAUUGGAACUAUUUUGGUCCCAUUAUAUCAUUCAACUUUUUGUUUGGUAAGUUUUAAGAAAUUUCAGCAGCAAAGUUAUUACCUAGUGUGCACGAUGGGACUGUAAAUGCGUUUGUGUUGUGUACACAUGUCUGAGAUGUAAAAUUGAAUCGUCCUUGUUAGAUCUUGUUUUAAGUGAAUACAAAAGCGGUCUAAAGGGCUGUCUCUUCUCCUCCCCCCCCACCUUUUUUUAGGAUUCCAAUAAAAAAUACAAAAAACUGCUACAGCUAUUGAAUUUGUACAUUAUAAUAAUUGUUCUGAUUUUUCAGAUACCUUGUAUUUUUAAUAAAGUCAUAUCUUAAAUAAAACCCACCUAGGUUAAAUAUUGCAAAUAAAAAUCCUACUUUGUUGAUGUGAGCAUGUCUUUUUUCCCCUACUCAAUAAGAACUACUUAACCUUUUGGCUAUCAAGUAUAGAACUGACCUUUGUUUUAACAAUAGUGGUUUUUGGAAGCAAUCCUUGAGAGAGGUUCUCUUCUGAAAAGUGACUGUGUAGAAAUGACAUGAUUCAGUACAUCUGCUCCUUGUAUAGAUGAGUCAUUUACUCACUAAAAUAAGUUACUGCUUGUCAUUCCUGUUAGUUGCAGAGUCAGUACAACUGCAGGAGACUUGAGCUUGGUCCAGUUCUUGCUUUGCAAAUCAACAAAAUUGUUAAACCAUGUUCUGACUGUAAUAUCUUACACUAUUUCUGGAUUCAACACCAAUCUUGACUUGUAGAUGGCUGAAAGGUGGAGGGAUAGGAGGGAUACUUGUAAACCAAGUGGAUUUGAUGUAGAAGUCAAUGAGAAACAGGGAAGUCCACAAAUCCACUUUUACAGUUACUUAUCAGAGAACCAAACUUCACUGUUUGUGCUUAAAAUACCUAAUUACAUAUUGAAAUUUUGGUAAAAGCCUCUGUAGUAAGAUUGCAGUGUUAAAUAUCUGUAAUUGUCAGCACAGAUUCAACAAGUGAAAAGUGAUACACAGUUGGCAAUGGAUAACCUGCUACCUACCAAAGAAAACUUGAGAUUUUAUUUUAAUGUAGUAGAUGUAUAGUUCUGGAGUGCAAGUAGAAACAUUUCUGAAUCCAAGACUUGUCUUGAAACAAUCUGCUCAAUUUUUUGGAUAGGUGAUUUAAAAAAAA